UAUAUAUCUGUCUCUACCGUAGACUUUUUUUCUUUUUUCAGAAAACAAACAACAACAGCCCAUAAUUUGAUUCGAAGUACAAAGUUGAAAGAUUUUGUGCUGAUCAAGAAAAAUCGUCAUCAUGGGAGAAAAUAAUGACUUUAAUUUUAGAGGGAAUUUAUUAAAUACUUUCUCUGCAUUGACUAUAAAUGGAAGUCAUCAAAAUGAAACCAAUUUGGGUGAACAAGAACAACAAGAUGUUCUUGUUGAACAACAAGAACAAGAAAUUAUGGAAUUAAGGAGACAUUUAGCCGAAUAUGCGGCCAAAGAAGCACAAAUUAAACAUGAAAAACAGGUUCUUGAAAAUCGCAUUGCUUCGAUAUACAAGGGUUUUGAUCAGCAACAACGUGAUCUUGUUGAAGCUACUGCGAAAGCGAUAUCUUAUAGACAAGGUAUAGUUGAAGAGAAUAUAAGACUUGAGUAUGCUUUACAAGUGGCUCAGGAAGAAAGGUCUAUAUUUAUUUCAAACUUAGUACCUCUUCUUUCGGAUGUAUCUCUUCGUCCUAAUGAUCUUGACGCGUAUUCGAUUGUUAGUAGUUUAAGGAUUUUGUUUAAGCAUAGCAAGGAAAGACUUGUGAUUGCAGAAGAAAAAUUAAGAGAUUUGAAAUAUCAGCCUUUAAGUUUGCAGUCUCAAAACAAAGAGCUCUCUUUAAAAGAGGAAAAUUGGGUACACCCGAUGUUUUCUCCAUCACCAGAAACAAGUAAUUAUACGGGUGUGGAGAGACAAACAAAUGGAGAUGAAAUGGUGAAUUCUCAUUAUUUACCAUCGAUUCUUGAAGAACCUUCAACUUCCUCACAAGUUGAAGCUGAUGAGGAUGAUGAUUUGGAAGAUGACAAUGUUAGUGAUGAAUAUGAUGAUGAGGAUGUGAAUAGACCACUUCCUACAAUAGAGGGUUUGCAGAUUUUGGGGGAAGCUUUUCCGGGCCAUGAAAUUCAAGCAAGUGGGUACUCAAGAAAUGGGACGACACAUUGUGGGUUUGAAUGGGUUCGUCAUUUGCAAGAUGGGUCAGUUAAUUAUAUAGAAGGUGCAAAACAACCCAUGUAUACCGUUACAGCAGAUGAUGUAGAUAGUUAUCUAGCUGUGGAAGUUCAACCCCUUGAUGACAGACAAAGAAAAGGCGAACUAGUAACGUGCUUUGCAAAUGCCAACAAGAAAAUCACUUGUCAUCCUGAUAUGGUUCGUGAAAUUGAGAAUACAUUAAGAGUAGGCCAUGUGAGUUUUCGGUUGUUAGUUUGGAACGGGCCUCUUGACACUUGGGAACCAGCAAAUUUGGAGAUCAAGAAAAGUACUUACAGCAUUAAGCUUGACGGUCCCAAUAAUGGCGUUGUUGUUGAUAGUAAGUAUACUCCAACUACACUUAUUAGUCUACCAGCUGAAAUACCAUUAGAGUUCUCAAUACUUGGCCCUGGGGGAGUUGAGCAUUACUUGCGUGCAGAUGAAAAUUCAGCGGAUAUCAGCUGCUCGAGAGAUACAAUUGUUUUAACAUUGAGAUUAUUUGUCAAACGGGCCGCUGAUAAGAAGCUUGGGAAGAAGAAAAGAAGGGUUUUGUUUUUCAAGUAAUUAAUCUCUUGUUGUACCAUUUUAUUAGGCUUAAGUUGAGUACUGAAUGUUGAGUGUGAAAUGGAGUUAGUUUUGGUUUUUGCCUUAUAAUAAUUCAUGUCAACAAUA